UGUGUUUUGCUUGCUGCCUGUAUUUCGUUUUUGAACAAUCGUGUAAUUGUUGAAUAAUGAUGGUUUAUUUACUGUGAGAUUUGUUUAAAAGUGAAAUAUGUCUAAAAUAGUUAACGACAGGGGCAUCAAGCCCGGCUGCAUAUACCGUAUUGCUCUCCAAAACUUUAUAACAUACAAGCAAGUGGAAUUAUACCCUGGGCCUUCCUUGAAUAUGAUAAUAGGCCCUAAUGGAACGGGAAAAUCUACCUUUGUGUGUGCAAUCAUAUUGGGGCUCUGUGGCAAGACCAGCGUAAUUGGUAGAGCGAAGAAGAUAUCUGAAUACGUCCGCAGCGGUUGCCAAGAAGCCACAAUAGAGAUUGAACUAUACCAACAAGAAGGACAGAGGAACGUCAUCAUCACAAGGACGUUCAACCUGAAAGAUGCCUCGUCCUGGCGGAUAGACCACAAGACCGUCAGAGAGAAACAAGUUCAAGAACUGAUUGCUUCUUUGAAUAUACAGGUGGACAACCUCUGCCAAUUGCUACCGCAAGACCGAGUGCAAGACUUCUCCAAGAUGGACGCUCAGCAGUUGCUCCGUAGCACGCUGUCCGCAGUAGGAGGCCAGGAGAGUGUUGCACAGUUAGAAGAGCUCAUACAAUGUAGGAACGAACAGAAAUCCUCAUCGACAAGGCUGCAGAGUAACACGCAGAAUUUGGAAGAACAAAUUCGACUUAAUGAGAGGAUAAAAAUCCAAAUUGACGCGAUGAAGGAGAGAAAAGAAAUCGAAAAGAAAAUAGAGAUUUGCGAGAGGAAGAAACUGUGGUUGGACUACAAAGACUUGAGGGAGAAAGUGGUAGAAUACGGCAACGACAAGAAGAAAGCAGAGAAUGUUGUGAAGACACACAAGAGUAAGGUUGACCCACUUGAGAGGGAGAUACAACAAGCGAAGAGUGGGAUCAGUAGAUUGGAACAACAGAAGUUGAAUGCUAAUCGCCAAAUCCACACUAUAAAAGACAGAGUGAAAGAGACGAUGGAUUCGAUCCGACAACAAGAAUACAACAUUAAAGAUAUCGAGAACUCUUUUCUGGAGAAACUAGAGAGACAUAAGAACAGAGAGAGGGAGUUAGGAGAAGCCAAAGCGAAACUAGACAAACUUAACACUGAUAAGGCUAGAUUGGUGGAGAAAGUAGGAGAUGAGACAAAAGUAAAAUUGGACCUGGCUGAACUACAGAAGCCGAUAGCGAAGACCAACGCCGCCAUUGACACUCUCAAGAAACAGAAGUUACAAGUGCAAUACGACCUUCAGAACAACACGAUGCCACAGAUUAGACUUUAUGAGAACAAGAUCCGAAACCUUCAAGACGUAGACCAGAAACGUCUAGAGGUGCUGCGUGGUUACAGUGAGGACGCUUAUAAAGCUGUUCUGUGGCUCAGAGAGAACCGGGAUUUGUUCCAGCAUGAUGUAUACGAACCCAUGAUGCUUGAGAUAAACUUCACCGAUCCGAAGUUCGCCCGCUACCUGGAGUCCACGGUGGCGGCGCGUGACCUGGUCGCUUUCACGUUCGCCAGCAGCCAGGACAUGAGCCUGUUCCUGCGGCGCGUGCGUCAGGAGGAGGGCCUCAAGCGGGUCAACGCUGUACAGGCGCCGCAGGCGUUCCAGCUGCCGACGACUAAUAUACAGCCGCUGAGCUACCUCGGUUUCUACACGUACCUAGUGGACACGAUAUCAGCGCCGGACGCCAUUAUAGGGUACCUUUGUAAACAGUAUAAUAUACACAAGAUUCCUAUUGGCAAUGAUCACACUUACAACAACAGUGGGAAAGUGCCAGCCAAUAUCAAUUAUUUCUUCACUGAGAACCACAGGUUCAUAGUCCGCGUAUCUGCGUACAGCCGCGCCAAGUCGAGCUCCACAAUAGAGAUCAGACCAGCGAGACUGCUAGCCAACACCGUUGACGUCGACCAGCUCGACAACUACAAUCAGCAGCUAAACAAUUUCAACCAAACCGCUCAAAGCCAUAGAGCAAAGAUUCAAGAUAUAGACAGCAAACUGACAAGAUUGGAAGCUGAUUUGGACGGCCUGAAUACUCGGAGGAAAAAGAUUAACGAGGGGGUUGAAAGGGUGAGAACAAUAAUAGUCCAAAUCCGCAUGCAGACAAAGAAAGUACAAGAAAUAGAGAGUGAGAACUCCCUCGACAUACAGCAAGAGAAGAGGAGAUGUAGGAAGAAGCAGAAAGAGUGUGUCGUUAAACAGUGUAGACUUCAUUCGGAGUUGCAAGAGCUGAUGAGUACGCUGCAGAGCCAGAUAUUGAGCGGAGAUACGUGGAAGGCCAAACUAGACUUCAGCAGAAACAUGAUAAUGAGUCGAGAAUCCGAGCUUCGAGAACUGAGGAACGAUUUGCAAACAGUGCAGACAACCCUAGAAAACAUAGAAGGCCUGCUCAGCCGCGCGAAGUCCAACGCUAAAGAGAAAUUAAUGGAAGCGAAGCGUUGUUCGCAUAACAAGUUGCCUGACGACCCCGAGUUCCCUGAUAAGAGGGAGUUCAACGCGCUUCCAGCGGACCUAGAUCAGUUGCAGGCGCAUUGCAUCGAGCUACAGACGAGGAUCGAUUGUAUGGACACCCACGAUGAAAGGAUAAUAAGAGAAUACGAAGAGAGAGAGAAGGUGAUAGCCACUCUGCGUUCCGAGGUGAACGACAGUAGUAACAAGAGUAAACAGCUCGAGAAUAGGAUGACACAACUAAGAUCACAAUGGCUGCCGCCGCUAGAGCAGCUGCUCCGCGACAUCGACCGCCAGUUCGGCGCCAUGUUCGCCAAGCUCGACUGUGCGGGGGAGAUCAAGCUCGAGAAGGGAGGGGGUGACGACGACUACGACAAGUACGGCAUAGCGAUCCUGGUCCGCUUCCGGCAGUCGGAGCAGCUGCAGCAGCUGACGCGCCACACGCAGUCGGGCGGCGAGCGCGCGCUGUCCACCGCGCUCUACCUCAUGGCGCUGCAGAGGCUCACCACCGUGCCCUUCAGAUGUGUGGAUGAGAUCAACCAAGGCAUGGAUCCAAUCAAUGAACGCAAGAUGUUCCAGCUACUGGUCAAAGUGACCACUGAGACUGAUAACGCUCAAUACUUCCUACUCACUCCUAAGCUCCUAUCGAACUUGGAGUACAACCCUCAAAUAAUGGUUCACACGAUAAUGAAUGGUAAGAACAUCAUGAACUAUAGAAAGUGGAAGUACCAUGAAUUUGUGCAGAAAGCUAGAGUAUACGGUAGUAACCACUGAGAGAAUGGUGGAAUUUGUGCAGAAAGCUAGAGUAUACGGUAAUAACCACUGAGAGAAUAGUGGAAUUUGUGCAGAAUAGAGUAUACGGUAAUAACCACUGAGAGAAUGGUGGAAUUUGUGCAGAAUAGAG